AUGGAACCAUCAAGUGCGAGAAUAAAAACAUCCUACCGUCCAGAAUCAACUUUCAGACCAAUCUACACUGGAGGCAAAGUUGAUAUCACAAAAGAUGGUCGAUACAUAGCGACUACAAGGAAUGGUGAAGCUAUCAUAACGGAUUUGAUACUAGCUAAGGAGGUAGCUAGAACAAAGUCUGAUACUGAAGACCUCACUUCGAUAUCCUGGUCACACCAAACUUUGAUAACUUUUUCGAGAUCAAAUAACAUGAAAUUCUACUCGUUGGAUAAGCAAGAGGGUCCUUACCUUGCACCUAUAAGAGUCGUCGCUAAGUCACACGACGCUCCCGUACUCGUCAGCGCAUCUGAACCUUCCACCGGGGCAUUCAUUGCAUCUGGUUCUGCCGACGGUAUCGUCAAGGUCUGGGAUGUGAAACGGGGGUACAUCACUCACGUAUUCAGAGGCCAUGGUGGUCCUGUUUCUUCCAUCUGCUGGAGGAAGAUCGGUAACUCAAUCGAGUUGAUCACAGGAAGCACAGAUACACAGAUCAGAAUAUGGGAUUUAAACGCUACUGCAUCAAACAAUAGCGCAAAAUCAACUCCAAAACCAAAGCAUGUUUUACAAGGUCACGUUUCUAUCGUUAGAGGUUUGUCCUUAACCUCAGACCAACAAACUCUGCUUUCAGGUGGACGUGACAGAGUCGUCUUGAAAUGGUCUUUAUCAGGAAAGUCACCGAAAUUACAACGCACAAUAACUACUCUUAAUUCAAUCGAAAGUGUUGGAAUUCUCGAUGAUGAUGAGGUAUUUUUCACCGCAGGUGAUGGUGGUUUGAAGACUUGGAGUAUUGAUGAUGGUUCGCUCAUCAAAGACUAUGGGGGCGGUGUGGUUAAAUCCACAAGAGUCGAAAAUAAUGAUGACGAUGAUGGUGUUGGUGGUUUAGCAGACGCCUUACUCAUUCCAUCCGCGAUAGUCACAAUUGGGCAUGACCAGAUUAUUACAUUCCACUCACUAAGUGAUGCUGACGAUGUCCAUAUCAUUGGUUAUCCAGAUCAAAUUAUCAGUUCAUGCUAUGUCUCUAACGAUGAUGUCGCAGUAGCUACAAACUCACCCUCAAUAUUUAUUAUCAAUUCUCAACGUCUUCCAUUUGUAAAGCAGAUAAUAGAUGGUCACACUGAUACUAUAUUAUCAGUCAAGGCCAUUCCAAGCAAGGAACUCUUAUUAAGUGGAUCUAAAGACGGAAGUGUAAGAAUUUGGAAGAGAUUCAAUGGUAGAUUUAAAUGUAUAGCUAUCGGAAAUGGACACGGUGAAGCAGUCGGUGCUAUCGCGAUUGCACCAAGGUCUAAUGCAUUCGCUAUCUCCGCAUCUCAAGAUCGUAUGAUUAAAUUGUGGGACUUGGCAGGUAUGGAAGAAGUUGAAGAGAAUGACGAACCAAUCUCAAUUUCUUCCUACAUAACUCAACGUAUUCAUGACAAGGACAUCAAUUCACUGGAUAUUUCACCGGAUGACAAGCUUCUAGCUUCAGGUUCUCAAGAUCGUACAUCUAAGGUCUUUGAUAUCCAAUUUGAUGGUAAAUCCAAGAGAUCUAGUAUUAACCUUAAAGCAACCCUCAAAGCACAUAAGAGGGGUGUAUGGUCAGCCAAAUUCAGUGAUUUCGAUAGAGUUUUAGCAACUGCUGGUGGUGAUAGAAGUGUCAAAAUAUGGAGUUUGAAAGACUUCAGCUGUAUAAAGACACUGGAAGGUCACAGCAACAGUGUACUCGACAUUGGUUUCUUGGCAAAUGGACAACAACUUAUGACAUCCGCCGCUGAUGGUCUUCUCAAGCUCUGGAAUCUCAAAACAGAAGAAUGUGUAGCAACUUUAGACGGUCAUGAGGAUAAGGUUUGGGCAUUAGAUUUGAGUCCAGAUAAUACCUACUGUGUUUCUGGUGGUGGAGACAGUCUACUGACAUUCUGGAAAGACUCUACUGAGAUAGUAGAAACUGAGAAAGUAGCUGAACGCGAACAUGUUGUUAUGAGAGAGCAAGAUUUCAGUAAUUAUGUCCAACUGAAAGACUACAAAGCUGCUAUCUCACUCGCUAUUGAAAUGAACCAACCACGCAGAUUGUAUCAACUUUUUAGCACAGUAAAUGAUGAAAGUGACGGCAAGUCGAUUACAGGUCACGUAGCUGUUGAUGGUGCCAUCAAAGAAUUAGAUAGUAACGAUUUGAGGAAACUUUUCGUUCAUAUUCGUUCAUGGAAUGCUAACAACAAGACAUCACCUGUUGCCCAAAGAGUCCUCCACGCGCUCUUAAAGUUGAAAUCAUCUAUUGAAAUUAGAAAAUCUUUCGAGGAGGCUAGACAGAGCGAUUUGGAUAAGGUUGCAGACCCAUCCAUUGAUCCAAACACUGGUGAAUUCGUACCACACACUAUACAAGCUGAUGAGAGCAACAAGAGGAAAGUAAAGAGCGCAGAUGAAAGCGCAUCUUUGAAGGAGAUUAUUGAAGGUUUAAUACCGUACACUGAGAGACACUUUUUACGUGCUGACAGAAUGGUUAUGGAGAGUUAUGUCGUUGAUUUCAUGUUACAAGAAAUGGACGGAUUGGGUGAAUUAGACGCGUUGAUGGAUGUCGACAAUUAGUAUUGUAAUUUAUUGAUAGAUAUUUGCAUUCAUAG